AGAAUGUUCUGCACAGCUCUCCGUCAAUUUUUUCUAUUCCUCGUUUCUCGCCUUUAGCUAAAUCUGUCUUCAACUCGGUAUCGAGUGCAGCGGAGGAAAAAGGUAUGGCGGGGGUCAAAAACAGUAGCAAGGCGUUGUCGGAGGAGGUGCAACCCCGGAAGGCAUUCGGUUUGGCGGCGAAGGAUUCAUCCGGCGUGCUCUCCCCCUUCACAUUCUCCAGAAGGAACAAUGGCGAUGAUGAUGUUACCGUAAAGGUGUUGUAUUGUGGUAUUUGUCACUCAGAUCUCCACAUCAUCAAGAACGAGUGGAAAAUUACUACCUACCCAGUAGUUCCAGGGCAUGAAAUCGUUGGCAUCGUUACAGAAAUUGGUCCCAAUGUUCAAAAGUUUAAAGUUGGAGACAAGGCUGGCAUCGGUUGCAUGGUUGGUUCCUGUCAUUCUUGCGAAGCUUGUGACAACAAUCUUGAGAAUUACUGCUCGAAGAUGAUAUUAACAUAUAAUUCAAUUGAUGUUGAUGGGACGAUCACUUAUGGGGGUUAUUCCGAUAUGAUUGUUGUUAAUGAGCAUUUUGUGGUGAAGUUCCCCGAAAAGUUGGCAAUGGACAAGGCCGCACCACUGUUGUGUGCAGGGAUAACGGUUUACAGCCCCAUGAAGACCUUUAGCCUCGAUGAGCCUGCAAAGCAUCUUGGUGUGGUAGGCCUUGGAGGACUCGGCCAUGUUGCCGUCAAGUUUGGCAAGGCUUUUGGAAUGAAGGUCACUGUUAUAAGCACGUCUUCGAAGAAGAAAGAGGAAGCCAUCAAAACCUUAGGAGCUGAUGAUUUUCUAGUUAGCAGCGAUCCUCAGCUGAUGCAGACUGCAAUGGGUACCAUGGAUGGUAUCAUAAAUACUGUGUCAGCGAAGCAUGAUGUUUUGCCAUUAAUCUUUCUGUUGAAGACCCAUGGAAAAAUGAUCAUGGUUGGUGUACCAAAUGCUCCACUGGAAUUGCCCGUCUUUCCUCUAAUAAUGAGAGGGAAGAUAUUGGCUGGUAGUUCCAUUGGUGGAAUGAAACAGACGCAGGAGAUGAUAGACUUUGCUGCAAAACACAACAUAACUGCAGAUAUUGAGCUAAUCAAAGCUGAUUAUGUGAAUGACGCGAUGGAGAGGCUGGCCAAGGCUGAUGUGAGAUAUCGAUUUGUGAUUGAUGUGGGCAACACUUUGACCGCUGCUUAAAUAUUUGAAGGUUGCAUCUCUCCUGUUUGGUGGAUAAUUAAUGAAUGUUUUGGUCAUUCUACUAUUGUUUAAUGCUUGUUCUAUGUUCUACUCUACAUGCUGCUUUACCUAGUCUUUUGUAUCUCUUUGGGUGAAGACUGUUCAACGAAAUAUAAUGCGAAUUGUGUCAUUUUAUUUUUAUA